GCAUUCACUAUAUCCGCUCUCCCCGGACCCCGCAUUCACUAUAUCCUCUCUCCCCGGACCCCGCAUUCACUAUAUCCGCUCUCCCCGGACCCCGCAUUCACUAUAUCCGCUCUCCCCGGACUCUUCAUUCACUAUAUCCGCUCUCCCCGGACCCCGCAUUCACUAUAUCCGCUCUCCCUGGACCCCGCAUUCACUAUAUCCGCUCUCCCCGGACCCCGCAUUCACUAUAUCCGCUCUCCCCGGACCCCGCAUUCACUAUAUCCGCUCUCCCCGGACCCCGCAUUCACUAUAUCCCGCUCUCCCCGGACCCCGCAUUCACUAUAUCCGCUCUCCCCGGACCCCGCAUUCACUCUCUCCCCGGACCCCGCAUUCACUAUAUCCGCUCUCCCAGGACCCCGCAUUCACUAUAUCCGCUCUCCCCGGACCCCGCAUUCACUAUAUCCGCUCUCCCCGGACCCCGCAUUCACUAUAUCCGUUCUC